GCGUCGACCGGCACCAAGGCCAAGCGAAUGCAGUACCGGGUAAUGCCAUCGACUGUGCCAGUCGGUCGACAUUGCAGCGAGCAUGCAGUGUAUUCAAGACAUUAUCGCUUGGAGCGGCAAAGUAGCUCAUUGCAUCUCCGUGUACAUACGCAGUCGCAAGCACAGCAGAUGGGCCUUGCGACCGAUACCCGACCAUUAUCCGGUGUACGUCCGGUUGACCGCAUUCGGCUUUGUUCUGGGCAUGAUGGAGGUUGCGCUCGCGACCGCCGUCGCCAAACGCGACGCGGAUGGCAGCCGGCGCCACCUGCAGGUGCUCUCGGAUGACAACGUAGACUUUUGCUCCAACGAUUAUCUUGGCUUUGCUCGCAGCCGCGAGCUCGCCGAUGCGAUCGCGUCGGCGCCGCACGGCCAUGGGUCCACUGGCUCACGCCUCGUGACCGGAACGUCCCAGCUGCAUUUGGAUGUCGAAGCCGAGCUUGCUGCCUUCUACGGGUAUCCGUCCGCCCUUGUCUUCAACAGCGGAUACCUCGCCAACUUGAGCGUGCUCUCAGCAGUACCACAGCCUGGUGAUUUCGUCCUGUACGAUGAGCUUGUGCACAACUCGUGCCGCGAAGGCCUCCGCCUCGGCCGUGCUACGUCGGCCGCCUUUCGUCACAACGACAUCGAAGAUCUUCGGGCGCGCCUCGCGUCGGCGCCGGCGACAGGCAACCGUGUUGUUGUCGUCGAGUCUGUCUAUUCGAUGGACGGCCACAUUGCGCCACUCGUCGCCAUGGUACGACUGUGCCGUGAGUUUAAUGCGGCGCUCAUCGUGGACGAAGCGCACGGUGUUGCUGUCGACGGACCGCAGGGCGCCGGCGUCGUCCGGGCGCUCGGCCUCGAGAAAGACGUGUUUUGCACCGUGUACACCUUUGGAAAAGGCAUGGGCAUCCACGGCGCUGUUGUUUGCGGCCCGCUUGUGCUAAAAGAGUACCUUGUCAACUAUGCGCGGCCGUUCGUGUACAGCACGUCGCUGCCGGCGUCCGAUAUGGUCACGAUCCGCGCCGCGCAUGCCUAUUGCGCCAGUGCUGCUGGCGACAGCGCGCGCCGUCAGCUGCAGUCGCGCGUCCGUCGUUUUCGAAGCCGCGUGCGCGAGAAUGCGGUGGCAAUUCCGCCCGCGAGCUUGCUCCACAGCUCUACUGCAAUCCAGGGCGUCGUGUGCCCAGGCAACGCGCGCGUGCUCGCGGCCGCCGCCCAUCUCCGAACGCAAGGCUUCAACGUCGUCGCGAUCCGCGCCCCUACUGUGCCCGUGCACAGCGAGCGCUUGCGCAUCAUAUUGCAUGCGUACAACACGGAUGCCGAGAUCGACGCUCUUGUCCAACACCUGGCGGCGUUCUUUCUCAAGCACCCGGCAUCAAGGCUGUAGUCGCUAGCAGUUGUGUACGUAACAGAGAAGAACAAACUUGGUGCUAUACUGUCGCCCACAA